AGGAAACGUGGCAAGCAGCAGCACAGAGAGAGAGAGAGAGAACAUAAGACGCACUUUGCCUGCAACUUGCCCUUCCACAACUACCCAUGUUUUGACAUCGAAAACUUCGCUCUCUCUCCCCUAUCCCCUGGGUUUCUGUCAAAAUAGCUCAGGAUGUGAGAUCUAGAACAAUCCCUCUUGGAAAUAACAAAACAGGGCUUAAUUUUGACAGAAAGUGCUGGGACAGUUUCCUUUUAUGCAAGUCCUGCCUAGUUCAGCAGAAUAUAGACUGGGCAGGUUACAACUCCACAUCCAUCCCUACACAGGCUGUUCUCCAACUCAGAGAAGUCAGGUCCAGCCAAACGGUAUGUAUACACUCCAGCUACUAAAAUGAUUUCGGUUCAUCGGUGGUGGUGGUGGUGAGAAUUAUUUUUAUUUUAAAAGUUUUGGAUUUGAUUGUGUUCCUGCAAAUAGCUUCCUCCCAGUUUCGCUCCAAAGAAACUGAAAUGUCAUUUUGCCUUUUAGCCCACAGACCAUCUGCUCAGGGUGAAAUCCACAUGUAUUUCCUCUCAGAACUUGCUGUGCUUGAUCUUUUCCAUAAUUCCUCUCCACCCAGGCUUCUCAGGCACAAAAGAGAAGUUGGUUCUAUUUCUCUCUUCUCUUUGUUUUCAAGUGCGUCUGAAGGUUCCCCAGCAGUGUGCAGUAAGUUAACAGUGAGCCUCUGGCAAGGCAGCGGUUCCUGGGAGAAGUGAAUUUGAGGACAUGGGUGUGUUUUCUCAGGAAGAUGUAGGGCGAAAUGGAACAACAGGGUUAGGUGAGGCAAACCAGUAGAUUUAAGGUGGCGCAGAACAGGGACUUAACAGAACUUUUCACCAGGGAAAUGCAUUUGCGACAUCCAAAUAAACACAGCUACAGUCCCUAGGCACGCUUGCUUGUGGGGGUGGGCACCACUGAGUUUAGCAUGACUCUGAGCAUAUAUGUGUAGUGCUUGAGAGGUGCAUGUUGAUUUCUCAAUUUUUAACAUUUAUUUAUUAUAAUCUUUUAAAAAGCCAUCUCCUUUCACCAGCUAAUGACCUCCAAGAGGUGCAAAAUGGCUUUUAUCAGCACAUGAUUGCAGACAGAAAAGGGUAAACGGCAGCCUAUAUGUCAGGUGUGAGCUUCUGCACAGACCUGUGAAGCCUUUACUGCAGAUGCUGCAGAACUUUAUUCUCAGGGAGCAAGGGUCCCUUUGAGAAAAACUGUAUGCUGUUUGUCCCUGGACUACCCUCUCUGAAGAAGGAGCUCAGAGAGCCCUCUGAGAAUCAGUAGUCUGCCUCCCACUUUCCUUCCAAAGGAGCUCUCAGCCAGUCCCCUGCAGCUUCACAACAACCCUGAAAGGCAAGCUAACUUGAGAGUUAGGGACUGCCUUAGCCCCCAAUGAGAUCUGUGGACUAACUAGGGAUCUGAACUUGCGUUUCUCCAAUGUGAGCCACCAGCUUCCCUGUGAGAAAAGUGCUUCGGGUUCUCUUGAUAUGGGGCCAAAUAUUCAGAUGCAAUACACCACAGACAUUGGGACACACUAUCUAAAGCAGGGGUCAGCAAACUUUUUCAGCAGGGGGUGGCCCGCUGUCCCUCAGACGUUGUGGGGGGCCUGACUAUAUAUUUUUUUUUGGGGGGGGGAUGAAUGAAUUCCUAUGCCCUACAAAUAACCCAGAGAUGCAUUUGAAGUAAAAGGACACAUUCUACUCGUGUAAAAACAUGCUGAAUCCUGGACCGUCCACAGGCCAGAUUUAGAAGGCGAUUGGGCUGGAUCCAGUCCCUGGGCCUUAGGUUGCCUACCCAUGAUCUAAAGUUAUCCAGAGGCAUUGAUAUUGGUAUAGAAAGCCCUUAACAACUUGGGGCUAGUUUACAUGCGAGAUCGCCGUACCCCAUAUGGGCCUACUCAAAUGCUUUGAUCUGCAGAACUGGCAGCAUUGCAGGUGCCACAUAAUACUUGUCCCGCAUUUGUAAGAACUCAAUAUUCCAGUGUGGCACCACCCAACCUUUGGAACUCACUGCCUCUUGACAGCAGGACAGGUGCCUUAGCUAUGCUCUUUUUGGUGCCUGUGAAAAAUAUUUUGUUUAGGGAAGCUUACCUAGUGUUCAGAAAAUCGAUGCACGUCUUAGCUUGUUGUUAAUUUUAACUUUUUGAAUGUCUUAAAUUAUUGUCGUUAAUUCUUCUUAUUUAUGAUAAUAUUGUUUUAUUGUUAAACAGCUUUGCGGGUUUGGUUUUUUUUUUUUACGAUUAAGCAGUGUAUAAAUUCUAUGAAAUAAAUAAAUGAACAGUACCCCUGGAGAUACUAACCAUACCCACCAACCCAUAUAUUUUAAACAGCAAACGUGGAAUCAAUCUGGUUUCUCCCUGCAGUAUUUUAUCAAAGUUUAUUUUAAAAAAAUAUAUUAACAAUUUCAACAUAGCAAAUUAUCAAAACAAAUCAUCUUCAUUAGUCCCCCCCUUUUUCCCCCCUCCCACCUUCCCAACAAACCCUCCCCCUGAGAUUUCCCUCAGCUCCUCUCUCUGAUUUCUCAACUCGUAUUAUUCUCUUCAUAUUGUAAAAUUGUAUUAUCUGUCUACUAUAUUAACCCUCAAUAAAUUUGUGUGUGUUUAUUCAAAACCUGCCAACGAGUCCAGUUCAUUUUGUUGUUUUUUUAAAUAAUUUGCAAAAAGUUCCCAUUCUUCUUUGAAUUCACAAUUGUCCUUGUCUCACAGUUUGUAUGUCAGUUUCGCCAGUUCUGCAUAGUUCAUCAAUUUCUCUUGCCACUGUUCUUUUGUCGGGGUUUCCUCAUUCUUCCAUCCUUGUGCUAUCAAGACUCUUGCCGCUGUUGUAGCGUACAUAAAUAAGUUCUUUAUUUUCCUUCGCAGGUCUUGCCCUACAAUCCCUGACAAAAAUGCUUCUGGUUUUUUUACAAAUGUCAUUUUAAACAUUUUCUUCAACUCAUUAUAUAUAAUUUCCCAUUUUUUUUUCAAAUUUCUCUGCAUUCCCACCACAUACGGUAAACGGUUCCUUCCUUUUCUUUACAUUUCCAACAUAUGUUUGACCUGGUUUUAUACAUUUUUUCUAUCUGUACUGGUGUUAUAUACCAUCUAUACAUCAUUUUCGUGUAGUUUUCUUUCAAAAGAGAAAAAUCUGUAAAUUUUAAAUCUGUUUUCCACAAUUUUUCCCAAUCUCCAAAUUGUUUGUUAUGUCCUAUAUCUUUUGUCCAUUUGAUCAUCUUCAUCUUUUGUUUCACCUCUUCAUCUUUUGUUUCCCAUUCUAGCAGAAUACUAUAUGCGCCUUUCAGCAACUUCACUUUCCUUUCUAUGACUUCCUUUUUGAAAUCUAGAAGUGGUGUAACUAAAUCCUUUCUUAUGGUCUUCUUUAUACGUCUCAUGUAAUUGCCUAUAAUGUAACCAACUCUAAAAUUUGACUUUCGUUUCAUCGUACUCUUAUAGUUUCCAUUUUCCUUCUUGAUCUUUUAGUAAAUCACUGUACGUAAGCCACUCCCCUUUCUUGCCAAGUGGCUUGGGCAACAAGGCUUCAAUUGGUGAGAGCCACCAAGGUGUCUUUUGUUCUGUUAAGUCUUUAUCUCUCUCCCAAACCCUCAUUAAUGGUUUCCUAAUUAUAUGAUUAUAGAAUCAUUUCUAUUUUAUCAAAGUUUCAAGUUAAACAGCCAUGUGCCCAUUGGCUUUUCCCAGUGUCGAGAUAAAACAUGCCUGCUGAGCUUUGGAACGCACAGAGUGACGUUCUGCACCAUUGUGUGCUCUUCAAGGACAGCGUGCGGAAGAGUGCAAAUGUUUUCCUCUUCCUUUUAACAAGCAAUGCAUUCUUAAUGACACACCUUCCCAGUCAUUUGUUGCUGUCCCCUGCUCUCUCAUGUAUGCACAUGACACAUAACCAUCAAACUCUGAAAAAACCCCACAUUUUCCUGGAAACCCUGAAUUUAUCUACUUAUUGCAAUGCUUACACCUGGCCUCUGUGACUUGUUGCAAGGAUGAUUGGGGAGCAGGGAGGGAAGAAGACAAUUGUUACUAGCCUUUAGCUGCUAAUAAAUUUACAAAACCAACUUACCUCCUAACCAAUUAGUUUGAUAGCUCCAUUCAAGUUAAGUGUAUGAACCAUUAAAAGCCUAAUGCAGGAUAUUGCUAAAUACUUAAAAGAUUCGAGAUUAGGGGUAGAAGGACCUGUCAAUGUCAUUUUCAGUUCCCCAUUUUUCCAGACACUGAUUCAGUUCUCUAAAUUUCUACCACAAUUUGCAUUAAAAAAAAUUGGGGUGAAUUUCUCCUGAUAAGCAUAUUUUUGUGCUCAGUUGUGCUUACCAUACAUGUUUUUGCAAACAACAUUUCCUAAUAUAAUGCAUCUUUGUAUGUUAAUUUCAACAACACAUUUGUUUUCAUGCAUAUUUCCCCCAAUAUACACAGUUCGAUAAAGUUUAGUUGCACAUUGCAAAAUUCAGGUAAGUACAAAUUUUGAAGGUAGGCUGUGCCUUUAGGUGGCUUUGCCUUUAGAGGAUAAUUGAGUUGAAUCUCUCCAUCAUCCCUGCUCAGGAUACAGAGUUGCAGACAGCAUUAGACCCACAAACAGCAGACCAAUGGAAAUUAACAAACCCGAGCUCAUCAUGGCCAUUAAUUGCCACAGGACAGGCCUACCCUGUGUAGGUUGGAUGCAAUCUGUGAACCCAUAACACAACCUUGCAUAAAAUCUGCAGGCGAUAACUUAUAUGAAUGAAUGAAUAUCCAACUUUCGGAACAAAAUUAAGAUGAGGCUGGGAUCUCACAGGCUCUUUGCAUACCCUCCAACAUUUCUCCAAUGAAAAUAGGGAUGUCCCAUUCCAUAAUGAUAAUUUUACUAUUUUAACCCCCACAUAUCUUACUGGGUUGCCCUAGCCACUCUGAGCAGCUUCCAACAUAUAUAAAAGCGUAAUAUAAUAUUAAACAUUUUUUUAAAAAAAACUUCCCUAUACAGGGUUGCCUUCAGUUGGUUUGGGGGCCGGAUAACUCCAUACCCUCCAACAUUUCUCCAAUGAAAAUAGUGUCAUCCUAAGGGAAAGCGGGACAUCAAAUCAGAAACUGGGACAACUUCUCUAAAUCAGGAGAGGACCUGUCUUCACAAUAUGUAUAGCACCUAAGUAAGCAUUUUAUUUUUAAGGUAAGUUUUUUAAAAGAGCGGGGAAGAGGGAGGAAAUCCAGGGCUUGUGUGCAAAAGUUUAGGGCUUAACAAUACCCCUGCUUUGUGGGCCAGAGGCCAAAGCUAUCUUAAGACUCACUUUCGCCCACAUGAGCCUGACUCACCCGUAAAGCAUCUCUCUCUAAGCUUUGAGACAUUAACUCAGAUCCUUGCCUCAUUGUCCUGCGAGUGGGCAGAAUGGACAGGGCCUAGAUGGGAGACGGCCUAGGAACCACACACAGGCUGCCUUGGGUUUUAUGACAGAAGCAAAGCAGGAAGCUACCCAAAUAAGCACAUCAAAAUGGAAAGAUUAAGCAGAGCAGAAUUUGCACAGCUGAGGAGCAUCACAGAACUUUUCCUUGUAGUUUAUCUAAUGAGGAACGUGAGCUCAUUUGAAAAGCCUGCUAGAUCAGACCAGUGGCCCACUGUUCUCACAGUGUUCUCUGUUCUCAUAGUGACCAACCUGGGGAAAUCUGUAAGCCUUUCUCCUCCAUGAAUUUGACUAAUCCUCUUUUAAAGCUGCCUAGGUUGGUGACUCUUCCUGCCCACUGUGGAACCGAGUUCCACAGCUUAACUAUGAGCUGAAUGUACUUUCUUUAUUCAAUAUAUUUAUAUACCACCUUUCUUCUAAGUCCUACAACAUUCAUUGUAUACAGCAUUGUUAUAAAAUAUAAAGCAAUAAAAACUAGUUUAAAAAUUACAUUUAAAACCAGCAAUUAAACUCCACUUUGCCCUAGUGGCAAUCACCGUCUGCAUCUUCGUUUCCAGAUACCUGGCUGGAUAGGGUGGUAUUAGCCUGCCAGCAGAAACAUGACAAGGAGGGAGCCAGUCUAGCUUCUCAUGGGAGAGAAUUUCGCAGUCUGGGGGCAGCCACAGGAAAGGUUAUUGCCAGCUGCCAGAGGGUGGUGGGAGCAGCAGGAGUCUUUUUCCAACAGAAAGUUUUCGCAGGCAUAAUUUUUGCUGCUAUCUCUCACUGCUGUGUUUUUGCUUUUAAAAAAAAUAAUUUUUAUUAAGAAUUUCAACAUAACAAAUUAUCAAAACAUAUCAUCUUCAUUUCCCCUCCCCCAUUUUUCCCUCCCCCCCUCCCCAUGAAAAACCCUCCCCCCUUCCCCCAGCUCCUCUCUCUGAUUUUUCAACACAUGUUAUUCUCUGCAUAUUGUAAAAUUAUAAAAACCCUUAAAUUAUCUGUAGAUUAUGUUAACAAUAAAUAAAUUUGUGUAUGUUUAUUCAAAACCUGCCAAGGAGUCCAAUUCAUUUUGGGGUUUUUUUUUAAGUAUUUUGUAGAAAGUUCCCAUUCUUCUUUAAAGUCACAGUUGCCCUUGUCUCGCAGCUUGUAUGUCAAUUUCACCAGUUCCGCAUAAUCCAUCAAUUUUUCUUGCCACGGUUCUUUUGUCGGGACUCUCACUGCUGUUUUUAUUCCGUGUUAGGUUUGAGGUUCUGCUUCUGUAUUAUGGUGUAUGUGUGUGUCAUCCCCCUGUCCCCCCGUCUUUUAUUAUUACAUUUAUAUCUCAUCUCUAGGGGGAUGCACACUUCUCCCCCUCUCCAGUUUACCCUCACAGCAACCCUGCAAGGUAGCUUAGUCUGAGAUAUUGUAACCGGCCCAAGGUCAUUGUAACCUUGGAGAACUCCAGUUAUUGGGUGGUACAGAAGUAGGGUGAGGUAGUGAUAGUUAUUUAUAAAAAAAUAUUAAUAUACAACUACUCAUAAAAUUAGGGAGGCGGGUGGCGCUGUGGGUUAAACCACAGAGCCUAGGACUUGCCGAUCAGAAGGUCGGUGGUUCGAAUCCCCGCGUCGGGGUGAGCUCCCGUUCCUCGGUCCCAGCUCCUGCCAACCUAGCAGUUCGAAUGCACGUCCAAGUGCAAGUAGAUAAGUAGGUACCGCUCCGGCGGGAAGGUAAAUGGCGUUUCCGUGCGCUGCUCUGGUUCGCCAGAAGCGGCUUAGUCUUGCUGGCCACGUGACCCGGAAAGCUGUACGCCGGCUCCCUCGGCCAAUAAAGCGAGAUGAGUGCCGCAACCCCAGAGUUGGUCACGACUGGACCUACUGGUCAGGGGUCCCUUUACCUUUACUCAUAAAAUUAAAAAAAAUCAGUGGAACAUAAAACUCUUUAUCUCAGCGUUGUGGUAUCGAGCCCCACAUUGGGCAAAAGAUUCCUGCAUUGCAGAGGGUUAGACUAGAUAACCCUCAGGUUUUUCAGCAGCCAUUUAAAAAGUUGAGGCAGAAGGUGCCUGUUGAAUCUCUAAUGGCAGAGUUUUCAACAGGACCUGUGUGUCAAAUGAGCCUCACAGACUUGGGGGAUGACCAGCGAUGUUCCUGCAGAUGAUCUCAGCGAUUGAGCUAGGAUAGAAGAGCCCAGGCAUUCCCUGAAACAAUAACAUUAAUAGUCUUACCACUGGCCUGCCUGAAUGUUGGGAAGUGUUGCGGUGGAGGUGAGGAAUAAUUUGCAUCUUAACUUGCUAGAGAUGGGGGAGAAAUGAGACCCAGUGUGCAGCUCAGCUGCAGUGUGUAGGUGUUUCACACAGAUGUUCCCCAGGGGAAAGUAUAACUUCUGGUUUGCUAGUAAAAGUAGAUCACUGUCGCGAAAUGAUGCAUGUCAAAAAACAAAGCUAAUUUUUUCUUAUACUCUUAUAUUCUGCAGCAAGAAUACUGGUGGCUAAGUAUUGGAAAGGGAAUCAGUUACCCACUAGGAGAGAGUGGUUAUGUAAGCUUUCAGAAUAUUUAGAAUUAGCCAAAUUGACAGAUAUAAUAAGACAAAAACCAAAAAGUGAAGUGAAAAAGGAAUGGGAGUGUCUAAAUGAAUACCUUAAAAGCCAAGGUUCGAGGGCAGAAAUCUGGCUGAGUCUGGAAUAACCUUGUGAAGUGAAAGGAUAAGAAAGAGGGAUUUAUAUCUAGAUACUAGGAUAGAGAUGAUCAGGAAAACAGGAAGACACAAUGAGAGAUAAAGGAGGUGCUGUGGGAUUGGUGGAAGUCAAUGUUUGUUUUUCUUUUUAGUGUUUAUAUUGUAAGAUGUGGAUUUUUUUUGAAUGUUGGUUUUUGUGUUUUGUGUAUUGUUAUUUUUCGAUAUUUUUCGGGUUGUUGUUGUGUGGAAAAUACUAAUAAAUUUUAUAAUAAAUCAUGUCAAAAAAGUGUGUCACCAACAGGAAAAGUUUGGAAAACUCUGGGUUAGAGUGUUGGAAUAGGGCAUGGGAGACCAGGAGUUGAACCCCCCACUCAGUUUUGAAGCUCACUUCAACCUAUGGGUGUGGCCUCAGGAAGGAGCCAGUCACAGUCCCUCAGCCUAGCUUACCUCACAGGGUUGUUGUGAGGAUAAAAUGGGAUGGAAGAGAACCAUAUAUGCUACCUGGAGGGAAAGGUGGUAUAUAUACUAAGUAACUAAAUUCAGUAGCUUUUGCGUUGAAAGUUCAGCCUACCAAAUUCACGCUUCCUGAAAGAGCACAUGAACUGAAAUAUUGUACUCCUUUGACACUCACUCUCCUCCAGCUUUUAUGGUGCGACCAAGUAAGUGUGUUAAUAGGUAAGGAGGAAAUGAGCAUUACAAUAUGCAAAUUAGUCAAAAUGCAUGAUAUUAGAAAAAAUUGCUCGCAAAAAUGUGUCUGUUAGUCAAAGUGCAUGCAAAAUUGUCUAUGUUUUAAAUGGCAUAGAGUUUAGUUUCUGGCAUAUGUUACAAUCUUAUGUAUGUUAUAUGUUUGUAACAUAUAUUGUAAACCACUCAAGAGUUUUGUUUUGUUGGAAACUGCUUUUGAAUUGCCGAAAUAAAUAGAUAAACAAAUAUUAUGAGCAAUGUGUGCCAAAAUGCUGAGAAAUUUUCAUGAGGACGAAACAAAACAAAACAACCAGAAACUGAUAGAGAACUGAAUUUAAAAUUGGGGGGGAAAAUGAGAAAUGGAGAGAAAUUAACAUGGUGUGGGGAUGUGUACAUCUGGAUCUCUUCCAACUCCACAUUUCUAUGAUCCCAUGAUUGUGUGACUGGCCCAAGGUCCUAGUCCAACAUGCUAACUGUCAGGGAACUGCCAUCGGACGGAAGGGAGGUGAAAGGGCUCACACAGGUUGGGAGAGACUCAGCAGCUGAAGAGGGAACCAGUAGGGGGAGAGGAGCUGAGCGGAGGGAAAGUGAGCUGGAGGGAUGGCUCAGAGACACUUCCAGCGAAAACAGUGGGGAGGUUUCAGGACCUCCUGUAGGGACACCCACUCCUCGCCGGAAACUGACACGCAGAGAGUCCAGAAGACGUGUUUCCGUUAAGGAGCUUUUAUGUUGGAAGCGAUUCCGAAAGCAACCACUGUCGGAAUCUGCUAGUGACUAGAGGAGCCAUGUCUGAGGGGCUCCGUCACAGACAGAGGUUUGUGGACUUGAACAAACUCUGAGGGGAUACGAUUUUACGCACAAGCAGCUCAUCAUCCCAUCACAGCAUUCCGACAGUCUUUGAAAGCAGCUUGUGCAGGAGAAGGCAUCAUGAGCAACCCAGCCGGAACCGGAGAAGCAGGAGCUGGAGCGGGUCCAAGCCUGGAAGAAAGGUACCGGGUGUUGGAGGUCCAGCUAGCGAUGCAGACGGCGAGGCUUGAGGAGAGGAGGGCUCAGGAUGCAGACAACACGGGGAAAGCCACCCAGCUCGCCAGAAAGGUACCAGGAUUGGUGCAGAAGUUUGGGGGGGAGCCCAAAGACUAUCAUGGCUUUCGGACAGAGAUGCAAUAUGCCCUCAAUCUGCAGUUUGAUGAAUUCCCUGACGAGGAAUCACGAGUGGCUUUCGUGAUUGAGCAUCUUGAAAAGGGGGCGAGAGACUGGGUUAGACCCCUGAUGGCAGCGAAUAGUGACGUCCUGAAGGACACGAUGAAGUUCUUUCGCGCCAUGGAUCUGAUGUUUUCCAGCGAUAUUGAACAGGGAGUGGUGCGCAGACAGUUAAUGGCUUGCAAACAGGGGAGCCGAUCUGUCCGUGAGUACUGGACUGAGUUCACCAUGCUGGUUCACAGAUUGGGGUGGGACUUAUCGGCGGAACCCAUUCAAAUGCUCUUUGAAGAAGGGCUUUCUUCGGCUGUGAAAGACGAACUUUCCCGGGCGCCCAGGGCGGAGUCUAUGGACCAGCUGACCAAAUCAGCGCUGACCAUAGGAGCGCGCCAGGAGGCGAGAGCAUUGGAGAGGCGGGAAGGGAAAGGGGAACGUUGGAAGGAGUUCCGCAUUCCAGACAUUCCAGAGCCAACUUUCCCGCCGGCAGAGCCGAUGGAAAUCGGAACAGCGCGCGCGCGCAGUUUCAAAGCCCAGUGAGGGGGGAAAGAAGGAGGGAAAAGGCGCCCGGAAAUGCUAUCUCUGCCAACAGCCAGGUCACUUUGCCAGAGUCUGCCCCCAGAGGAAGGAAUGGCAAGGGAUGGUAGGAGCUGUGGAGGGAAGAGAGGAAGAAAUACCGGAGCAAGUAAAAGCCAACGCCUGGCUGCCACUGUCGGGGCACAGCAGCCAGGCCAAAGAGCAGUGAGAGUGCCCACGCCAGAACCUCCUAAACCCGCCCUAGUGAUAGAAGUGACGCUAGAGCUGCCAAACGGACACCCUCUAAAGAUAAAGGCGCUGUUGGACUCAGGCAGCUCCUGCAAUUUCAUGAGCAAAGAGUUUGCAGCUGAACACCAGAUACAGACGAUCCCUUUAAGCAACCCCCUGCAGGUGACCACGAUCGAUGGCAGGGAGCUGUUGGGAGGAGAAGUCAGCUUGCAGACCGUCCCAAUGAUAAUGAAGGUAGCAAGGCACACCGAACUGAUAGCUUUUAAUGUGGCCACCUUGGGAGGAGCUCCCAUUAUAUUGGGGAUGAGCUGGCUAGCGUUACAUGAUCCGCUGGUGGGCUGGCAUCAGAGAGUGGUUUCUUUUGGUUCAGCACAUUGCUUAGAACACUGCAAAGAGGGAAAGGGUUUGGCAGGGGCCCAAGCCACCCUAGCAGGGACUGAAGUAACGGAGAACGUGAAGGUACCACGACAAUAUGCAGAUCUCCGUGACGUCUUCAGCGAAAGGGAAGCUGACCAACUACCCCCCGCAUAGACCCUUUGACUGUCAAAUCAAUUUACUCCCUGGGGCACAGCUCCCUGUAGGCAAGCUGUACGCCAUGUCAGACAGAGAGAUGCAGGAGUUAAGAGAGUUCAUUGACAAGAACCUGAAGAGAGGGUUCAUCAGAGAGUCCAGGGCGGUGGGGGGCAGCCCAGUGUUUUUGUGGAUAAAAACACGAACAAGCCGAGGCUGGUGUGUGACUUCAGGGCCUUAAAUGCAGUGUCAGAACCAGUGGCCUUCCCUAUGCCCAGGAUUGACGACAUUUUGACAAGGGUGCGGAAGGGAAAGAUUUUCACAAAGCUGGACCUAAGGGGGGCGUACAACCUGGUACGAAUAAGGAAGGGGGAUGAAUGGAAAACCACCAUGUUCACCCCUUUAGGGGCAUUUGAAUAUUUGGUUAUGCCCUUCGGCCUCCAAGCAGGCUCCGCAACCUUUCAAUCGUUUAUGAACCACGUCCUGGGGCCUUUGCUUUACAAGAAUUGUGUGGCCUUUUUAGACGACGUGUUGGUGUAUUCUGAGAAUGAGGAGCAGCAUGUGAGAGACGUCAGAGAAGUGUUGAGCAGGCUGCAAGCCAACCAGCUGUGGGUGAAACUGGAGAAGUGUCAGUUUCAUACCAAGGAGGUGGAAUUCCUGGGGUAUCGCCUGUCAGACAAGGGAUUGGCCAUGGAUCCCGGCAAGGUCCAGGCGGUGCUGGAAUGGAAAACACCCAAAACAAGGAAGGAUGUGCAGAGGUUCCUAGGAUUUGGGAACUUCUAUCGUAAGUUCAUCCGAAACUUUGCCCACCUGACGGCGCCCAUAACGGACUGUCUCAGCAGUAAGAAGAAGUUCGUUUGGACUGAGGAGGCGGAGCGAGCAUUUGAGGAACUAAAAUGGGCCUUCGCCUCGGAACAACAACUCCUGCAUGUGGAUUUACAAAAACCGAUGAGAGUGGAAACUGACGCAUCAGACAGAGCGAUUGGGGCGGUGCUUCUGCAGCCAGGGAAGGAGGAGUCAGAGUGGAGACCGUGUGCCUUUUUCGCGAAAGCUGAACAAAUCCGAGAGGAACUACACGGUGUAUGACCGAGAACUACUAGCCAUUCAUGAGGCGUUCCGGAGAUGGAGGCACCUGCUAAUUGGCGCACAACAUAAGGUGCAAGUGUGCACUGACCACAAGAACCUAGAGUAUUGGAGGACGGCACGAGUGCUCAACCAACGGCAAGUGAGAUGGGCCCAGGAGUUCUCCAAAUUUAACUUUGAGAUUGGUUACGUGCCAGGCCCAGAGAACAUUAGGGCGGACGCUCUCUCACGCAAACCUGAAUAUUUGGAGGGGAGGGAGCACCCGAAGAGAGACAUGUCAUUCCAGAGGACCGCUGGGUGUGUGGGGCGGCAUUGGUGGGACAAAGAGAACUGGUAGAGGAAACAGAGAAUGAUGAAUACGCCCAGAAUAAGCUCAGAGGUCUUAGGGGUGAGGGAGAGGAACCAGGGGUUUCGAGGAAAGAAAUGGAGCUUUGUAUUACAAAGGGGCACUGUAUAUCCCUGAAGGAGACUUAAGGGGAGGGUACUCAAGCAGUUGCACGACAGCCCUACGGCGGGGCAUUUUGGACAACACAAAACCAUGUGGUUGGUCACCAGGGAAUUUUGGUGGCCCAAGGUGAAGGAAGAUGUACGUGAGUAUGUAAGAGGGUGCGAGCAAUGCCAGCGAGCCAAAGGGGAAAGGCGGGCGCCGGCGGGGCUGUUAGAACCCUUACCAACCCCAGAACGACCUUGGGAGGCAGUGUCGAUAGAUUUUAUGACUGAUCUGCCGAAGUCCAAAGGGAAAACAGCCAUCAUGGUGGUGGUGGACCUACUAACAAAGAUGUGCCACUUUGUAGCUUGCUCGCAUGCAGUCACGGCGGAAGAGACAGCGAAGUUAUUUGUAGAACACAUUUUUAGGUUGCACGGGGUGCCAUUGAGGGUGGUCUCAGACCGAGGAAAACAAUUUACUUCCAGGUUCUGGAGGAAGCUCAUGAGCUUACUGCAGGUGGAGGUCAAUUUUUCGACUGCCCGGCACCCUGAAACCAACGGGCAGGCGGAAAGAGCAAACGGUGUCCUCCAGCAAUACCUGAGGUGUUAUGUCAAUGACAGAGAGAAUGACUGGGUAGAAAAGUUGGCGCUGGCGGAAUUUGCCUACAACAAUGCCGAGAAUGUGUCCACAGGGAUGAGCCCCUUCUUGGCUAAUUAUGGGUGUCAUCCCAGGGCUUUCCCACGGGGAGAUGGGGAGAGAUGGAGCGUCCCGGCAGCCGAGCAUUUUGUAGAAGAAAUGGAAGCAAUCCAUUGUCAGCUCCAACUCAACUUAGAAAGGGCGAAGGAAGAAUACAAGAGGCAAGCAGACAAGAACCGAAGGGAAGGUGAAACCAUAAGGGUGGGAGAUAGGGUGUGGCUGUCAACCCAAGGGUUGCCGUUCAAAGGAGGUUGUAAGAAAUUAAGACCCAGGAGGUUGGGUCCCUUUGAGGUCAUUCAACAGGUCAACCCAGUGGCUUUCAGGCUCCGGUUACCCAACCACAUGAAACUGCACCCAGUAUUUCACAGGUCGUUACUGUCACCGUACGAAGGGGGCGAGAAGGGAUGGCCACUCGGGGACCGGUCAUAGAAGAAAGAGAAUGCAGCAGCCAUGUGGCAGAAAUCCUCGACGCCAGGUGGAAGGGGAAUCAGGUGGAGUAUUUGGUAGCGUGGGAAGGAGAACCGGAGUCAGAAAACACUUGGGUAAUGGCCGAAGAUAUCAAUGACGAGGUAUUGAUAGAAACGUUCCAUCAAAGGUUCCCAAGGAAACCUCAGCCUGUGGAGAGGUUCCGGAGGGAAUACUUUGGGACCACUGAUGAGGAGGAGGAGUUGGAAGGCUUCCCGGACUCGGAAGGGGAAGGGGAGAUGGACUCUGAGGAGGAGGAGUACUUCGAGACCAGGAACCGCAACAGGUGGAGAGAAGUGUUCGAGACAUCGGAAGAUGAAGGAAGUUCAUUCCGGGGUUUUGCCUCCUCACCGCCCGUAGAGGAGGGGGCGAGAGGGGGUGAAGGGGGCCCUGGAGGGAGGUGGAUGUCAGGGAACUGCCAUCGGACGGAAGGGAGGUGAAAGGGCUCACACAGGUUGGGAGAGACUCAGCAGCUGAAGAGGGAACCAGUAGGGGGAGAGGAGCUGAGCGGAGGGAAAGUGAGCUGGAGGGAUGGCUCAGAGACACUUCCAGCGAAAACAGUGGGGAGGUUUCAGGACCUCCUGUAGGGACACCCACUCCUCGCCGGAAACUGACACGCAGAGAGUCCAGAAGACGUGUUUCCGUUAAGGAGCUUUUAUGUUGGAAGCGAUUCCGAAAGCAACCACUGUCGGAAUCUGCUAGUGACUAGAGGAGCCAUGUCUGAGGGGCUCCGUCACAGACAGAGGUUUGUGGACUUGAACAAACUCUGAGGGGAUACGAUUUUACGCACAAGCAGCUCAUCAUCCCAUCACACUAACCAUAGCACAACACCUGCUCUCUUUGCACCUGGCAGAAUCCUAAGGGAAGGGUCAUAGCUCAGUGCUGGAACAUCUGCCGUGCAUGCUGAAGGUUCCAAUUUAUAUCACUGGCAGCUCCAGCUAGGAAUGGGAGACUUCUGCCUGAAACCCUGGGAGUGCCGAUACUGCAAAUCAGUGUAGACAGUACUGAGCAAGGUAAACCAAUGUUCUGAGUCAGCAUAAAGGCAGCCUGAUAUGUUCCUGUAUUCCUAAUCAAAUUUAAUUCUCCCCAGCAUGUGGCUUUCAAGUCCAGCAUGAAAAAUUAAAAGAAGAACUAAAAUAAAUAAAUAAAUAAAAAUCGCACUAUUUUGUGGCAUUUUAGUUGAUUCUAUUAGAAGGUACUUUGGGUUUCUUUUCCCUCGGGUGCUUGGAAGAGGUUAAAUUGGCAAAGCCAGUCAGUUCCACUUUGACUGGGGUUGCUCUUCUCUCAUUGCCAAAAUUCGAACAAGCUUUGGCUUUUAAUAGUGACAACUGGCUUAGCAUUGUGUGGAAGUUGAUAUUACCUGGUCUGGAAAUUCUCAGUGGGCUGACAUUUAGGGGGUUGUUUUCAUGGCGUUAUGGCCAUUGCUGUCUAUAUGCAUGCGGAUUUUCUUAUAAGACUCAAAGCAGUUUGCAAACAAGGGACUAUUUUAAGACAUUUGCACGAUGUGAGAGCCAUUAGAGCAGUGGUUCCCAAUUAGCUAAGUGUUGUGGACCUCCUGUUUUUAAAAAGCCAAGCCAUGGACCCUAAUUUUGAAAAUGUUGAUAUCUCAUUGGUGGUUUUUGUUAUGUGAAUUGCGCCACCAUACCCUCCGGUCUGUCCCAGUGCAAAGCUGGGCUGUGCAUCUUCCAGGUUGCACUCCCUCAUGGCUUAUAUGACCUGUCCAAGAGCACAGUGCUCCAAAACUUGUAUUUUGGAGCACUGUGAUCUUGCUCAUGUUGGCGGCACCAUGCUCUCAUGGCCCCCUAAAAUGGGAUGUCCUGGACAGUUGAUGUACCAUGGACACCCUGUGUGGGUUACGUGGACCUCCUGGGUCCACCAUUUAGGAAACACUACAUUAGAGGGUGGAAAUCAAAGGUGUAGGUCCUUGAUGUCUCAGAUAAUUGGCGAUUUGGAUACAGAAAUGCUGUGUUUGCUUUGGUUUUCUUUUCAUAUUUGGUGGCAUUAUCCAAAUUUCUACAAAAGCAAAAAAUAGUGAAAUUUAAUACUGGGUUGUCAGCUUUUCAGCCAACCACCAUUCUGCUCUCUAAAAGUAGGUUGCCCUUCAUACAUAUGGAAGAAGUCAGUGUUGUGAAGAACUUCAUUUGCAUAAUUUCUACAGAUCAAGCUGCUGUUAAAGGCAAAAAAGCAAGCUAAGGAUUGCUCCCCUCUCAUCAGUUGGCAACUUUCACUGGAUAUAAACAAGUGAACAUGCAAAUAAUAUUAAAUAUUUAUUGGAUUUAUGGUCAAAAGCUAAAGAGUGGGAAAAUGAGGCACAAAUGUUUACAAUGUGGUAAAAUAAAUAAAAGUAGCAUAAAAUAAACUAAGAUAAACAGCAACAUGAUAAAAGUUAUGGUCAUGUCACAAACGCCAAAGGGGAAAAUUAUUAAAUGUCAGAGAGGUCAGUUCCUGGUGAGUUUUGCUUGCUACAGCACAGAAUUUGGCCACUCUGAAAGCAAUAUAUGCAUUUUGAUCUGAAAUGAGUAAAAUCUUAGAAUUGUAGAGAUGGAAGGGACCAGGAGAGUCAUCUGAUCUAAGAGUCUCAUGCUCUUGUGCUACUCUAGCAGUCUGAUUGUCCUGGCAGAUUUAAUAAGAGGGGUUUGAUAAAGAUUUUGAAUAGAUCUUGGCAAGAGGAACCAUACUGGAGGGCAUGCGCUGCCAAUUUGACCUCUCCAGAGUGCCAGGGGCCCCUGCAUUCAUAGCAAGGGAUUUAUGUCUUUCCUCCAGAACUGCUGAGGAAAGGAUAUUUAGGCAUGUAAAGGCCUAAUUGUAUAUCAAUUUCCCAAAAUACUUUGUUAUCUUACAUGACCACCACAUAUGAUAAAAGGUACCCUCCUUUUCUUUACACUUCCAACAAAUAUUGCAGCUUGUUCUAUAUAUUUUGGAUAACUUAGUAGGAGUCAGAUCAUUUUAAUAGAAUUUUCUUUCAGUGUACAACACGCUGUGAAUUUCAGUUCUGUUCUCCUUAGCCUCUCCCAAUCUGCCAUUUGUAUGUUAUGUCCUAAGUCCUUUGUCCAGUUUAUCAUAGCCAAUUUAACCUGUUCAUCCUUUGUACGCCAUUCUAGGAACAAGUGGGUUUUUUUUUUGGACAGAUAUUAUUUUCUAGGAGUUAUUUUUGGAAUCUUGAUAUCUCAUAACCAAAACCACUCUUUUUAUCUAUCUUGAAGAUAUCAUUCAACUGAAAACACUGCAACCAAUCUGUUACUAGUUCCCUUAUAUCUUCAAAAUCUUUUAAUUUUAACUGAUUUUCCAGUUUGGUUAGCAGCUCUCUAUAAGUUGGCCAAUUACUUCUUAUAUUCACUUUUCUCAGAGAUAUUGCUUCCAAAGAAAAGCCACAAGGGUGUUUUUUGCUCAAAUAAAUUUUUAUACUUCCCCCAUACCCUAAAGAUUGAUUUUCUUAUUAUAUGGUUCUGAAAUGCUUUAUGGACCUUUGUUUUUUCAUACCAUAGGUAUGCAUGCCAUCCAAAUCUAUUAUCAUAACCUUCUAAAUCUAGAAUGUCUGCACUUUCCAGCAUAAUCCAGUCCCUGAUCCAGCAGAUACAGGAUGCUUCAUAAUAAAGUUUCAAAUCUGGCAGGGCCAAACCUCCUCUCUCUUUUGCGUCUGUUAAUAAUUUAUAUUUUAUCCUUGGUUUCUUCCCAUGCCAGAUAAACCUAGAUAUGUCUUUUUGCCAUUGCUCAAAGCAUCCGGCGCUGCCUAUUACCGGGGCUGAUUGAAAUAAAAAUAACAUUCUUUAUCCCUGAUAUUCUAAUCCACACAACAACCCUGUGAAGUAGGUUAGGCUGAGAGGCAGUGCCUGGCCCCCAAGGUCACAUGCAGUGAGUGUCAUGGCCAAGUGGGAAUUUGAACCCUGGUCUCUCAGGUCCUCUAAGUGAUAUGUCACACUGUGACAAGUGAUUUAUUUUGGGGGCUCUCCAACCCAUGCAUAGAAGGUAACACACAUUUCCAAUCCACAUAUAGUGUACCUCAGGUUACAGACGCUUCAGGUUGCAUUUUUUCGGGUUGUGGACCGCCGAAACCCAGAAGUACCGGAACGGGUUACUUCAGGGGUUUGGUGGUCGCGCAUGCGCAGAAGCGCUAAAUCACGCUUUGCGCAUGCGUAGACACGCAGAAGCGCAACCUGCGCCGGCGCAGAUGCGCCGCUGCGGGUUGCGGACGCUGCAGGUUGCGAACGUGCAUCCCGCACGGAUCACGUUUGCAACCUAAGCAUCCACUGCACUGGGCUCAGAAAAUUCUAUUGGCACCCUGAAUAAUUGGACCAAAAAAUUGUGGAGUAUGUGUGUUUGAUUGGUCUUUGUCCUUAGAUUUGCAUUCUAAAAGAAGCAGCAUGAAAGAGGAGGGAAGGAAAGCAAACUCAGGAUCCAGUUUCUUAUGGUUUCAGAGUUCUUAUAACGACCAAUUGAGAUAAAUAGAAACCAUUCAGUGAGGUGGGUGGAGGAGUCAGCAGGUGUCUCAGUUGGUAGAAUGAUCUUGCUUUUGGGGGGGUUGUACUCUGGACUACAGCGGGAGGGGGGGAGGUUGAAGUGCCCCUAUACACCUGGUGCAACCCCACACCUGUGGGGAUUUGAACCCCCGUUGAUGCUGCUUGUAGUGCAGACACAGUCUCUGAUUUCUUGGAAAGAACCCUGGUGACCAGUUCCAGUCAGGCUGGCAGACAGCAGUCCUGAACACUCUUCAGAAACUGGGUUUUGCCCCUCAAGCCCUUCUAAGUCUGAGCUUGGGCCAAGCAAAAGCAAUGGUUAGGCAAAGAAUUAUAGACACCGAGAGACAACAGGACUGCUCAAGGUGCCCCAACUACAAAAUUGUAGAAAUCGAGAGAGAUAUAGCUGCACCAGCUGCAUAUCUCUUUUUUCUUGUAUCCAAAAAUGCAAGAAGGGCUUUCACACUUGCCAGAAGCUCAGCUCUGCCCUCGCCGGUCUUGGAAGGAUCCUUUAAAAAAGUCCCAUAUGACCAGAGAAUUUGCGCCUGUCCAUUGGGGAACAUAGGAAGCCCUGAACACAUAUUUUUAAGAUGUCCCUUUUGAGGCACGUAGAGAAACCAUUGACCCCCUGCUGCUGACCUCCCGGUAAAGCAAAAAUUCGAUCUUCUUCUGUUAGGCAAAGACCACAAAACAACCCAGAUUCUGCGCACAGAUCUGUAGGUGCAGACCAUCCCCUGAUUCAAUCUAGUUUGUUAAGAAAAUUCCCAAACUUGGAUCCACGAGCGACUCUGGUUCAUUUCUCUAUGGCAGUCUAUCUUAAAGUUUUUAUGUGUUUAUAUGCCUAUCACACUUUUAAACUUAAAAUCCAUUGUUGUAUAUUGCUUUAAAUGUUUGCUUUGCUAUUGGGAUUGUAGUCCCAUCUGGUCUCUGACCGUAAUAAAUUUGAUGUAUGUAUGUAAACCCUGGCGAGGAGGGGACUUAGGCAGCAGGCUGGCACUAUGGGGAGCUGGAUCCAACAACAUCUAUACGGGCUGGACCUUUGGUCCAUGGGGCUUCCCUUGAAGUGAGAACCUAGAAGAGGUUUUGUAACAACUCUGUUUUAUUCCUUCUUUUUAGAACCAGAAGCUAAGCAUUGCUACUUGCACCUAAAGACCACAAGAUUGAUGCUGACCUCUCAGGUGAUAAAAUCCACACAACAAAACCAAAGUAAGUGCCUGCCCCUAAUCCUAAGAUUUAGAUCUGCAGUUGCUGCUGGGCCAGAUUCAAUGUGUUACUAUGAAGCCCUUAAAAUCUUUGGGACCAGUUUACCUGCAAGAUCGUCUUACCCUAUGUACUCCCGCUUAACUGCCUUGAUCUAUGUAACUCGCACUGUUACAGUGGCUACAGAAUACCAUUCUGCAUUUGUAAGAAACUGGUCUUUUAGCAUGGUAGGACAUACCCUUUGGAACUCCCUUCAGAUUGACAUCAGGCAGUUGUCUUCACUGUACUCUUUUUCAGUGCCUGCUUAAAAGGCUUUUUGUUUAGACAAGUCUACCCAGAUAUGUAGACUGCUGGCGUGUUUAAAUCAAUUUUUGGCCCAUUUUAAUUAUUUUUCCAAUCUUUCAGUAACUGUUUCCCCUGAAAUUUCUAUUUCCUUCAUUUUGUAGAAUGCUUGGUCUACAAAAGCAGUUCUCUCUCUCUCUCUCUCUCUCUCUCUCUCUCUCUCUGUGUGUGUGUGUGUGUGUGUAUAACAAGCAAGCAGAGCUGGAUAUAGUUGUACAAAAAAUGGUUUGCCCAGUAACAAACUUUUUUUAAAAGACUGCGCAACAUUUUGCAUGCUCCUAGGGAAUAAACUGCAGUUUGAAAUCAGUGGGGAUUUAUUCUGCAAGCAUGCGGAGCUUUGCACUGUGAGUCAGAGGGCAGCGUGCUUAAAGGCUUAGAUCACCUUGACAGUCACACCUUUCUCUUCCUGGGAAACGUCGCCUGAGAUGGGUUUGCAUUUGAAGCUGAAUCUACCAUAUUCACACUUCCUGAAGCAUUACUAAACCUGAAACAGAGCAUCUCUGUACUCAUGCAAAUUUUGUGCCGCAGUUCUCCAAACCAGAAAAUGUUCACAAAAAUGCACGUGCUAAGGUAGAGCUUGCAUUAAAAUACAUAUAUGUUGCUGCAGAAAUGUGGAGAACUGAAUUUAAGACUGGAAAAAUGAAAAAAAACGAGAUAACUGAAAUUGGCAGAACUUUCUAUCCCUACUCACAGAAUAGCCUCCGUGUGAGUGCUGUGACCCUUCCAGGGUUUCUGUCUGGCAAUGAUAACCAACUCAGGAGCGGGGUGGCGUGGGGGUGGGUCACAUUUCAGGCCAGAAACAUCUCCAGGCUCUCCCUGAACUCUGCUCAGUGAAGAUAUUGGCAAACAUCUCCUCUUUUUCUUUCUGAUAAGGAUGACACUCUCCAGAGGGAAGACAGCUCUGCUAUCGAUUUCCUUCUUGGCAAUAUUAUCAUUGGCAGUUUUUGCUUACCUGGACAGGUAAGUAGGAAAAGGGAUCCUGGCAUCCUGGAAAUCAGUUAGAAUGUACUGUUCUUACAAGAAGCAAGUGUUUAGGACAGGGGUCAGCAAACUUUUCAGCAGGGGGCUGGUCCACUGUCCCUCAGACGUUGUUGAGGGGCCGGACUAUAUUUUGAAGGGAAAAAAUGAACGAAUUCCUAUACCCCACAAACAGCCCAGAAAUGCAUUUUAAAUAAAAGCACACAUUCUACUCAUGUAAAAACACCAGGCAGGCCCCAAACAAACCCAGAAAUACAUUUUAAAUAAAAGGACACAUUCUAUUCAUGUAAAAACACGCUGAUUCCCAGACCGUCCACGGGCCGGAUUGAGAAGGCGAUUGGACCAGAUCCGGCCCCCGGGCCUUAGUUUGCCUACCCAUGGUUUAGGAUCAAAGACACCCAACAUCUUGUUUCUCAUUAUAGACAGAGAAGAAUUAGGCUUGGUCAGCUUUUAACAAUUUAACAAUUUUAUCUGCAGCUCUUUGACUAAAGCAAGAUGUAUAAAGCAUGCCAUUUGUACUUUUUCUUCUUUAGAAAAAGUUUUCUGAAAUAUUAUUCCACAGCAACCUGACCUUGCCAUGCUUUUGUCUAAUAACAAUAAUAACAAUAAUUUUAUUAUUUAUACCCCGCCCAUCUGACUGGGUUUUCCCAGCCACUCUGGGUGGCUUACAACAUAUCUAAAAACAUAACAAAAAAUCGUCAAUACUUAAAACUUCCCUAAACAGGGCUGCUUUCAUCAGAAAACACCGGAGCUCCAAUUCUGGGCUACUUCAGGUCUAUGCUUAAAAUUAUUGUGCCUUGGUAAAGAGGAAAAAUAAUUGUGCCGCCUUUUCUCUCUCUGAUUGUGCCUGAAAACAUAUGGGUCUUGCAUAUUACAUAUAUUCAUUCUUUCAAGUAUCCAGAGCAGAAAGUCUUAAUGCAUUGGUGGUUUGCAUUGCGAAUCAAGACAUUAAACAUAAGUAGAAGUUGUUUAAGACAAGUCUGGGAUUCAGCUAAAAUUAAUUGUUAUAAAUUUGUUCUUCUGGAGGUUGUAGAAGAUUCAUAUUUUUUUUUGGACAUCAUUAGAUACCUUAGCUCUGGAAGCACAACUUUAAUGCUUCAAGAAUUUUGCCAUUUUGCUAACUCUGGUAGGCUUCGUGCACCCACCAUUCCAUUGGAAUUAUUUAUUCCAUUCAUAUUAAUUUUAGUUAUGAAUCUUAACUGUUGGAGGGUGCUUCUGGAUAUUUAGGUCCACACUCUGCUUUCAAGCUGUGUAUUCUGUUUUCAUAAUUUGUCCUUGGUGGCCCAAUAAAAAGGUCUGUCCACCUUGUGAGUGUCAUGUCUACAUCAUCUUCGAGGCCCCAGCUUACUGUGCUAAAUAAUAAUAAUAAUAAUAAUACGUUUAUUUAUACCCCGCCCUCCCCGGCCAAAACCGGACUCAGAGCGGCUAACAUCAAAUGUAUAAUACAUUAACAUAAAAUCAGGCAGUCAAUUAAAAUACAUCCUAAAAUCAGAUCAGGAUCAGAAUAAAAUCCAAUCAGAUGGCAACCCGCAAAUUAGGGAUGGGAUCCUUAAAUGCCUACCAGGCCUAACUGAUCUUAUAUGAGCCUGUGAGAAAAGUUGGGGGGCCACUUUCAUGCAAGUUCUUAUGGGGGAAAGCGGAGUCAGACUGAACCCCGACCAAAGGCCAGGUGGAACAGCUCCAUCCUGCAGGCCCUGCGGAAAGAUGUCAGAUCGUGCAGGGCCCUGGUCUCUUGUGGGAGUGCAUUCCACCAGGCCGGGGCCACAACUAAAAAGGCCGUGUCCCUGGUCAAGGCCAGUCUAAUCUCCUUGAGGCCCAGGACCUCCAAGAUGUUGUUAUUUGCAGACCGUAAGGUCCUCCGUGGGGCAUACCAGGAGAGGCGGUCCCGUAGGUACGAGGGUCCUAGUCCUUUCUUACCUUCUUCAAGCUCUUUCAACAAGUGAAAAUUAUGAGGGACUUUAACUGUGGAUCCAGCUAUCUUGUCCAAACCCCUCCCCCACCAGCCAGGUUGAUUGGCAGUUUUUAAACAAACUGGCUUAACGUGCACCAACGCAUGGAUCGUUAAUACAGUGGUACCCCGGGUUACAUAAGCUUCAGGUUACAUCCGCUUCAGGUUACAGACUCCGCUAACCCAGAAAUAUUACUUCAGGUUAAGAACUUUGCUUCAGGAUGAGAACAGAAAUCGUGCGGCGGCGGCGCAGUGGCAGCAGCAGGAGGCCCCAUUAGCUAAAGUGGUGCUUCAGGUUAAAAACAGUUUCAGGUUAAGAAUGGACCUCCAGAACGAAUUAAGUACUUAACCCGAGGUACCAGUGUACACUGGUCCCUCUCGAUUUCACACUUCUCCGAAUUUUACAGUGCAGUUUUCAGCUCAAAAGUAAAACAAAAUACAUUUAAAUUGAAUCAAAUCUUAGAAAUGUGUAAAUUGAGAUGAAAUACAUAUUUAAAUACAUUUUGUCAUAAAACUUUUUUUAUAAAAACUCUUCAGAUUAUAAUGCAGAAAUGAGAUGGAAUGAAUUUUACAUGAAUUUACAUGUAAAUUUGAUGAGGAUUGGACAUAGACAGAGCUGUCCAGCCUGACUUUUCACAGGAAGUGUCAGUCUGACAUGAUGUAUCUAAAGCACUUUGUCAAACCCAUUCCCCCAAGUUCUAUGGAAAUGGUUGACACUACCAUGCAGAGAGCAGCCUGCAACCGCAAGUGCUGUUGUUUUGUUUUGUUUUGUUUUGAGCAUUUGUACUCUGUUCUUCAGCUGAAAAGGCUCCCAGGAUGGCUUUCAUGAUAUCAGUUAAAACAGUGGCUCUCACUCUCUCUGGGCGACAGUUUCAGAAUAAAAGUUUGCUUGCCACACUGAAUUUUUUACAGUGGUACCUCUGGAUGUGAACAGGAUCCAUUCCGGAGCCCUGUUUGCAUCCAGAAGUUAACGCAACCCGCGUCUGUGCAUGCGCGGGUUGCAUUUUCCCACUUCCGCGCAUGCGCGUGACAUCAUUUUGACUAUCUGUGCAUGCGCGAGCGGCAAAACCCGGAAGUAACGCGCUCCGUUACUUCCGGGUCGCCGCAGCUCGCGACCCGAAAAUACUUAUCCUGAAGCUGCUUCAACCCAAGGUAUGACUGCAUUGGUAAGAAAUUCAUUGGUAAGAAACAACUCCUAGCAGAACUCCUAGAACAUGACUAAUUUAUAAUAUGGUAAUGGGACAUUCAGAAAGUAUAAAUCAAUGCAGCUACAUAAGAAAAUUCCCAGUAAUACUAAUUGUCCUUGAAUCUUCCUGCCACACUUACCAUCCUCUCCUGCCACACAGUGCGGCACAUGACACGCCCUUUGAGAGUUACUGAAUUAAAACAAGGCAGCCUCUUCCCUGAAGGCUUACAGUCUUAAGAAACAUGCCCUGCAAGGGGAAAGGGGCAGGGGAGGGGAGAGGAAAACGUAAAAUGGGUACAAGUUAUUAAACGCUUUUACCUAGUGGAGGUGGGUUUUGAGAAAAGCUAAUGGGAUGAACCCUGUGGCUUCCCAUCCUUCCUAGUGAGACAGUUUGAUGGAAUGACUGCCCCCAGGUGACAUUUGAAGGAGAGGAGGCCCAGACCUGAUUACUUCUAUUUCACUUGUGGGGUGGGUUUGGUAUGAAUUUUCAUUAGUUGCCACAAAUUCCAUGCCAUCACAUUUCCUCUCUUGAGAGUGGAAAUCUAAGUUUGGUUAAAUGCUAUGCCAGGUUGUCAAAUUGUUAAAAUCUAGGUGCGAGGCUGCUCAGCCACCCAGCUCGUUGGGCAGAGCCCGCGGGUCCCUGCAGAAUAAAGGAGGAGUCCAGCCACCAACCGGAGCAAAUAGCUGUAGACCAAAAUUUAUUGCGCAACAGGUUUGAAGAGGAUAUUUGAACCCCGAGGAUGGGGUGACAAGGACUUUUAAAACUUUCCCACCAUAUCCCAGAAUACAGUUCGUACAGCACCAUUGCUACAUCAUUGCUACAUAGCUUUGGAAUGGAGGAAGCUGGCAAAGGAGUUGAUUUUAUAUUAUUUUUAAAGCUAGGUAACUUCCCUGAGCUGUCAAGUUGAAAGGAUACAUUCAGGCAUAAUAUUUGUAAAUUUAACUUUAAAGACGUGCCCCCCCCCCCCCAUAAUUUCCGUAACACAAAUAUAAAACUAUCAAAUUGUUGAAAUAUGGGAAUAAAAUAUCAUUAUUAAAACGUUAAUGAAUAUUCAGCAAAUAGCCUGAUACACGAAGAAUGUAUCCAAGAUGUGAACUUUAGCAGGGGAGAACUUGAGAGCAGAUUCUGUUCAUAGGAGAACAGAAAAAGUGCUUUUUACUGUGUGCAGCCAGUUUAUCCAUCUAGUAUUGUCCACACUGACUGGCAGCAGCUCUCCAGGGUUUCCAGCAGAGAAGAAUAUUUCCCUCUCUCAGUCAGUUCUACUUGGAGAUGGCAGGAGUUGAACCCAGGACCCUUUACAUGCAAAGGAGAUGCUGUACCACUGAGCCCUUCUCCUAAUUAAGAGGUGGCUUGCUGGUCUGGGUGAAGGGAACGAGGAUAGUCCACGGGGCUUGAUCCUGCACACACAUGUGUGGAUUUGCUCAACAUAGGGUUAACCACAACAGGGGAUUUAUUCUCAAGAGGGCUGUACUGCCCUUCCAGCUUUGUGAUAUAACAUGAAGUCUGCAAGAAAAUACAUAACAUUUUAUUCCUGUUUUUGCAGUGAUGGAACAUUAAUAUGGAUGUACAAGAACAGGUAAGCAUCUGCUCUUUACUUUGCUAGCUCCUUUUGCUGACAACAUGCAGAGGGGUCUCUGUCUUGCUCAUGGUCUGUCUUGCUCAUGGUUGCCAGGGUUCUUGGGCAAAAGGGAGGUCUUUUAACGAUUCUUUUAAAGCAAUUUCCCUACCCUACUCAUUAGCCAAACAGGAUCUUGGAGCAGUGUUCCAAAAAUCUUUAUGAAGAAUGUCCGUGUCCUAAAAGACAAGGGAGGAGCUUAUCAGAGCUUGCGGGAGGAGCUUAUCAGAGCUUGCAGGGCAGCAGUUGAAGAAGGAGCAAAAGGGGUUUUCUUGUGUGUGUGUGUUUCUUUGUGGCUGAUUAGCUGCUCUCCCUGUGCAAAGGUCAGAGGGGGCAGGGUUUCUGUUGAGGCAGGUGAUUAGCUGUGGGAGGAGCUUAUCAGAGCUUGCAGGGCAGCGGCGCGCACCUAGUGGCGCGCGCAAUUUGAUCCAUCUUUUAGAUUUAGGGGAGCUAGUCUCAAGCUUUUGUUGGGGGAGACCUAGGUUUUUUUGUGGGGGGAGUUAUUUGUCCUGUCUUCACGCUUUUUAUGAUGGAGGACCACUGUAGCCACCCCCAAUGACACGUUCUCAAGAUGGAGGGGGAGGGAACAGCUGUAGUCGCCUGCGGUUCCUGCGCAAUGUUUGCCAUCUUGCCAAAGGUUGCAGGCAGCUUUACCUGCAGCAAUUGCAUGUUGAUUGCCCUCUUAGAAGACAAAGUCCAGCAACUGGAGGAACGUGUAGCUACGCUCCAAAGAAUUAGAGAGCUGGAGCUCUUCUUGGAAGCAACAGAGCACACCGUCUCCACCAAGGAGGAGACAGGGGACUCCCUGAGAAGGAGGCUAGUUCACCAACACAGGAGCCAGAUAUAUGGAGAAACGUGACUCAAAGAAGUAGGAGGCCCAGGGUUCGCUCUGAUUGUUUAGAAACACACAAUCGCUUUGAGGUCCUCUCCCCUAGCAUGGAAGACGAAGAGCAGACUCCAUUUGAGGAUCUCUCCCUCAUUACAGUCGAUCAGGUAUAUGAAGACGAGCAGCAAAGUCAGUCCUCAGGGAAUGUGCAGGCGACCUUGGAACGGACAGCUCAUGGAAGAACCCCGACCAAACCUAAGAGGAGGUGUGUAGUGGUGAUAGGGGAUUCCUACUGAGGGGAACAGCAGCAGUGAUCUGUGGGCCUGACAAGAUGUCUCGGGAAGUGUGCUGUCUCCCCGGGGCUAAGAUCCAAGAUGUCACUGAACGACUGCAAGGAAUCAUAAAACCCACUGACAAAUACCCCUUCCUCUUGGUUCAUGUGGGAACCAAUGACACUGCAAGCAAUAGCCUCCAGAAGAUCAAAAGAGACUACGAGGCUCUGGGCAGGAAAUUGAAGCAAUUAAAUGCACAAAUUGUCAUCUCAUCUGUCCUCCCAGUUGAACGACGUGGCCCAGGGAGAGAGGGAAAUAGUGGAAGUGAACAGCUGGCUUUGCAAAUGGUGUAAACAGGAACGGUUUGGAUUCUUAGAUCACGGACUGCAGUUUCUUGAAGAUGGACUUCUGGCAAGCGAUGGGCUGCACCUCACAACGGUUGGGAGAAAUGUUUUUGCCAAAAAUCUCAGAAACCUCAUCAGGAGGGCUUUAAACUGACUAAUGUGGGCGAGGGAGACAGUGCUCCUGAAGGUAGGAGUCUAUCAUUUGAUGAAGAUGAUCAUCCAAAUGUCAUAGACCAAAUGGAGCAAACAGCACGCAGACCUAGCACACAGACCUCCAACAUCAAACUGUUUCUGGUGAUGCUGUGUCCCAAAUGCACAAAACCACCUGCUACUCCUCAGCUGUGUACAAAUAGCCUGGGUGGUCCCCAUUCUGUGUCGUGUCCCAGGAAGGAGGCAUGGCGCCAAAUUAGCCACAACACAGAUUUUUGUCUGCCUCUUUUUCCAGAAGUCCAUUUUAAAUAAAAAGCCACCAUGGCAGGUUCAGUUUAAGGGGAAGGGGGCUGCUUAACCUUUCUUCUCCUGCCCUUUACCCGCUAACACAUACCCAGUAUGCUUCUCCAUUCACAGGCAAGCACCCCCAAUAUUAUUCCCCCCUCCAGAAAAGCUGCUGGUGGAUAGCAGGAGGGGAUAAAGGAGCAACUCCUCCAUAAACACAGCCUUCUGACGCUGCUUUUUAUUCCUAUUUAGUUUGGGGAAGGGAUGCAGGUGGUGCUGUGGGUUAAACCACAGAGCCUAGGACUUGCCAAUCAGAAGGUCGGUGGUUCGAAUCCCCCGAUGCGGUGAGCUCCCGUUGCUCUGUCCCUGCUCCUGCCAACCUAGCAGUUCGAAGUGCAAGUAGAUAAACGGGUACUGCUCCACCGGGAAGAUAAACCGUGCGCUGCUCUGGUUCGCCAGAAGCGGCUUAGUCAUGCUGGCCACAUGACCCGGAAGCUCCCUCGGCCAAUAAAAGGAGAUGAGCACCGCAACCCCAGAGUCGGCCAUGACUGGACCUAACGGUCAGGGGUCCCUUUACCUUUACUUAGUUUGGGGAAAGUGGCCCAGGUGUCAGAUUUUGCCCACAUCUGUCUGUGCAGAAUGAGAAGCCUGGAGGUGCAGGCUGCUUGCUUGCUUGCUUGCUUGCUUGCUUGCAUGCUUGCUUGCAUGCUUGCUUGAGACAUUGCCGAGCAGUGUCAGCUCAGCUGUGGCACUCUGCCAAGGAUAGAAAUAUGCUCAACCAGGAAUCUGUGUGUCUCCAUCCCUCUGCUGACAACCUUAUGGGCCCAUCUGCACCAGCUGCCUUGUAUCAGGUCAGGCAGUUCGCUCCAUCGACCCUGGCAUUGCCUAGAACCAGUAUUUGCAAUCCUGGGGCCUCCAGAUGUUUUGGGUGACAGCUCCAAACAUCUGGAGGGCAAAUCCUGGUCCCUCUGACUGGCAGUUGCCCUCUGGGUGCUACCCAGGUACUGGAGAUCUCCUCAGUUUCACCUGGAGCCGUCUGCAUGCAGAAAACAGGCUGUUGCCACUAGGUCUAGCCUCCUCAACACAUCCUUCCAGGUUCAUCUUCCAAGUAUCUUUUUGUUUUCUCCUUACAUAUACAGGAGCUUAAAGAUUUCCCAGUUGAAAAACCAGACAGAGCAGUGGCUGGCCAUAAGCAACUGGUUUAACUCAAGGUAAGAGGACCAUAUAUUUAUAUGAGCCAAAACUGAAAUCAGCAAGCCCUUCCCAUAGUGGCCAAAGCUGGCCAGCGAUACAGGAAAUCAACUGCAACUAGGACUUUUAACGUAUUAGCAUGUUGAGCUAAUGUGCCAAUCCAGAGACUGCAUUUGGUUGCUGGCUGUUGGGCCGGCCCUCUGCAUAAGCUCAGAAGUACUUUCCUUGCUUUAUAUAUUGCAGCACUCAGCCCUGAUACAGAAGACUGUUUUGGGAUCAGGAGACUCUGAGAACUCUGGACCUUUUCCAGCUACAUUUCCCCAAGGUGGUUUGCCUGCUGCCCUCGUUAUACACCUUUAGGUGCCAGGCAAAAACAUUCCUUUCCAGCCAGGCCUUUGGCUGAUAAACACCCCUUUUGCUUAAAUGUGUUUGUGGGAGGCAGUGCAGGCGAGGUGGGGUUGUUGAUUUAUGUGUUUGUUUUUUGUUUUUAUCAUAUAUUUUGUGCUUAUAUUGUAUUUUUAUAUUGUGAACUGCCCUGAGUUCUGCAAAUGACGGGUGGUAUACAAAUUUAAUAAGUAAGUAAGUAAGCAAGUAAGUAAGUAAGUAAGUAUAUCUGUGGCAGGUUUCCUCAACCUUGGCCCUCCAGAUGUUUUUGGCCUACAAUUCCCAUUAUUCCUAGCUACCAGGACCAAUGGUCAGGGAUGAUGGGAAUUGUAGUCUCAAAACAUCUGGAGGGCUGAGGUUGAGGAAGCCUGGUCUAUAGUUCUAAAAAGGCUAUUCUGAGGCCCUUUUUAUUUAAUGCAGAUGUAGCCCGAGCUUGUUCAGUGUAGACUGACAAGGCUCUAUUGAUGCUUUGGUCCCACAGCCCAUAUAAUUAGUUCUUACCUUUAGUCCCUGCCUUUUGUUUUCAAGAGGCUAGUUACCUGCUUCCUGUUAAUGGAGAAAUCUUAGGCCUCCCUUGGACAAAAAAACAGGGACACCAGCCAGGAAUACCAGAGCAAAACAGCAGCCAGUAGGCUUGGUCUUUAUUGAAGACUAUCGCGACAGGACUCCCACUUGCCACAAGGUGGAACAAGUUAGAAGCCCGAACAAAAGAGAACCCAAACUUUUAUUAGAUGCUAAUCCCAAUGUUACACCCCCCCCCAAACUACAUCACUCAUACAUCAUGGUUACAUCAUGAAAGGGGAGGUCUGGUGGCAGUAAUCUGAGCAUCCUGGACCCUGCCCCAUGGUUCCCCUUGCCCUCCACCAAACACCCAUCAAGUGUAACAAAAGAGAUAUUUACAUUUCGCUGUUUCCCAGCCAAGUUCAUCACACCCUUUUGUCUUCAUCUGGGUUAGUUAUUUCUGGAAUCGUUACCUGUCUGGCACUCAGGUAUCAGGAUGCCAGGAAUUAUCACUCAAGCAGAGGGGCUGCUGAAUAGCUGAGCUCACGUGUCUAUAUGAAUUUCUGAAGUUUUCCCAGGGAGCAAGUACAUAGAUACAUUUAUCAGUGCAUUGUUACAUUUGGUAGUGUGCAGCAGAGGCCCUUUGAAUAGGCAGGAAGAAACUGUGAUGAAGUGUUUUGUGGGAACAAAUCACAAGUGAUUGUGCUGAUCUUGGUAGCAGGCUGCAUGUGCAUGAUAUCUGCUGGAGGAGCAACCCCCCCCCCAACCUAUACAUAAAUUCCUGCAACACUGUGUACAGUACUCUUGGUCAGUCCUGCUGUUCCUAAGGGAGUCCUUUAGUCCUGUCCUUUUCAUCUAAUUCAUUUACCACAGAUAAAUAGAUUAGAUAACAAAACAGCUGCUGUUCUGGCUGCAAAAAGGGUGGCUAUGGCUUGAUUGAGAAGCCGGAAGCUACUAAUCAAAGGUACAGUUACAUGGAGUAGUGGAAUCUUUGUUGAAUGGGACUGUGGAGGAUCUUGGCAUGGGGAAAUAUAAUUUGCCAAAUAAUACAGCUCUUUCCUAAGUGCCAUGUAGGGAUGGCCAUUUAAUUCUGCUUCCGGUCAGCUGUAGAACAGCAGUGGCUUCAGAAAAUCUCAAGCUUCCAGGGCUUCUCAGUUUCUUUUUAUCUACUUACAGAUACGAAUUUGCGAAUAAAGAACCAAAGGGGUUGUCAUUGGACAGCUGGUUUGAUUCACGGUAAGGAGAGAAAACCUUUUUUUUUUUUUUGUGGGGGCAAGGAGGCUAAGGGAAGUGGUGGAAUGAGAAGAGAAAGGUCUUGGUGCAAUCAAAGCCUUUUACCCACAACGGCACUGGCUUGCAACACAGGACUUACGCUAUUACUGUGAAAUCUGGAGAAUGAGCUAUUCACAUUCCUCACCACACCCCUGAAAUUCAUCCUCUGACUUUUGUCAAGGCAUAAUUCCCGUACCGCUUUGACCACUCACCCCUGCAUCUGCAGAAUGGGGAUAAUGACAUAGGUCACCCUUGCAGAGUUAUUGUAAGGGUUGCUGGAAUCAUGCAAUUAAAUAAAUUUGGAAGAGUAUUGUUAAUGAUUGCAUGCAGCUUCUGAGGGGCAGAACGGAGCCUGCACAAUAUAUGGAUUCAGGCAGGCAGCAGCUGGAACGAGGGUAGACUGCCUCUGUGUUCUGGAGGAUCCAUUCCCAGGACCAGCAUUAUCAAAAAUAGUUGUUGAUAGGUAUUCACUGUGGAUUUAUGUUGCCACCUGUGGCCAAUACCAUUGCAUCCGCCUGAGACAUAGAAUUCCAGAGGCUGAUGUAGAGAAUUCUGAACUCAUUGUCCAUCCUGGUUACUCGUCCCUAAGUGUGAGGAUGUUGGGGGUAGUUAGAGCCCUUUUAUUUGGCGCUGUGGGUUAAACCACAGAGCCUAGGACUUGCCGAUCAGAAGGUUGGCGGUUUGAAUCCCCGCGACGGGGUGAGCUCCUGUUGCUCGGUCCCUGCUCCUGCCCACCUAGCAGUCAGAAAGCACGUCAAAGUGCAAGUAGAUAAAUAGGUACCGCUCCAGCGGGAAGGUAAGCGGUGUUUCCGUGCGCUGCUCUGGUUCGCUAGAAGCGGCUUAGUCAUGCUGGCCACAUGACCCGGAAGCUGUCUGCGGACAAACGCCGGCUCCCUCGGCAAGUAAAGCGAGAUGAGCGCCGCAACCCCAGAGUUGGCCACGACUGGACUGGUCAGGGGUCCCUAUACCUUUACUUUCUGCUAGUUGAGGGGUAGGAGUCUUUGGGCUCAAAAGCAGAAUAAUAAAAACAACCACCACCACCACCACAGCAAUCUAUUUCUAUUAUGUGCCCUAAACCUCAAGAUGUGUUGAUUAGAGAGUAAGCAGAACUAUGUGAUUCCUGCAUUGCAGAGGGUUGGAGUAGAUGACCCCUGGGGUUCCCUUCCAACUCUACAAUUCUAUGAUUUAGGGCUUACUAUAGCUUUGGGCUGUCUCUAAGAAAGUUUGAGGCAAUCCAGCAACUAUUCCUGGACUUCCUCACCUCCCCCUAUAUGAAGUCUUCUCUACCUCCAGUUUAUUCUGGGUUGCAGAUAACUUUUGGGAGGGAUCCUUCCUGUUCAGCUUAAUUUGCACUUGGCAAACCAGUAUGUGAAGUAAGGGCUCAUCCACAGUUUCUCUUGACCCGUAUUUUGAUGGGCUUGUGUACCAAAUAUUUGCCCUCAGGCAAAGCUGAGAGCUUUUCUUGUUCUGCAGCUCAGCCUUGCAAAAAUCCCAUCUUACCUGCUGAAUGGGAUUUUAUCUUAUGUUAUCUUUUCUGCCGUAUUGAUUUCAGACAUUCACCUUCACUGUACGCUUUUCAGCACCUGCUAAAAACAAUUUUGUUUAGGCAAGCCUACUCACAUGUUAAGGAAGUUGAUGUGAGUUUUAGUGUGUUUUCAGUCUAUUGUUAUUUUAACUUUUCAAAAGUUUUUAGUUAAUGCUGUUCAUCUUUCUUAUUGGUAAUGCUAAUGCUUCAUGCUUUUCGUAAACCUUUGAGGGGUUUUGUUUUGUUUGCACUCAGAUGGUGUAUACAUUUUACAAAAUAAAUGAUAAAUUAAUAAAGUUAUCAGAUGUGCAGAAAAUCAGAAGCGAGAUUUUGCUUAAGCAAGUUUCAUUUCUCUAGUGGGCAAGAUCGGGUUUUCACAAGACACAGCCACAGAACAAUGGAGAAAGCUCUUAUGUGUACUCGAAACAAAACAAAAAAAUUCCUUCCAGGAGCACCUUAGAGACCAACUAAAUAUGUUAUUGGUAUGAGCUUUCGUGUGCAUGCACACUUCCGAAAGCUCAUACCAAUAACAAACUUAGUUGGUUUCUAAGGUGCUACUGGAAGGAAUUUUUUUAUUUUGUUUUGACCACGGCAGACCAGCACGGCUACCUACCUGUAACUUGUGUGUACUGUUCAUCAGUACACAGUUAUCCCUUGAAAUUCACACUUCUCUGAAUUUUGGGUGCAGUUCUCCAGCCAAAUAAUGUGUGCAAAAUUGCUUGUGUUGGUGGACAGUAAUAUAAACAAGGCAUAAUAUUAGGAGGCGCUUGCUCUCCAAAAAGUGCAUAUUAGGAAAAAUGUUGCUGUAAGCUACUGACAAAUUUCCAUGAGUGAAACUAAUAUAACCUAAAGCUAAUGUAGAAUUGUAGAGAAAUGAAGUUGGCAACUAUCAGAAAGUGGGCAAAAUUGAAAUAGACAAACACAUCUCCCCCAGUUACAGUUUAAGGAAGUUCAAAAAGGGCACUGGGACACAAAAAAAGUCACCACCAUGCGCACCUAAGACUCACUCCACAAUCUCUUACAACUCAAAAAAAAGAAGGGAACCCCGCCCAAGAACAGUCAUCUGCUUGAGCCUGUGACUUCAAUUGUCCUUGCUCAAGUUCUUGCAUUAGAAGCUCGUCUCAGGAAAUGGUUCAGACGGUGGGUAAAUAGUGUUGUUUAGCCAAGAGGAAGUUCAGGUUAUUACACACACAAAAUGCUUUUGAUUUGGCUUUUCCUUUAUAAUAUUAAAACCAUAGAAUGGUAGAGUUGGAAGGCAACCUGAGGGUCAUCUAGUCCAACCCCCUGCAAUGCUGGAAUCUCAACUAAAGAAUCCCUGACAGAUGGCCAUCCAACCUUUGCUUGAAAACCUCCAGUGAAGGAGAGUCCAUCACUUCUUGUAGGAGUCUGAUCCAUUGUCAAAUACAAAGUUCUUCCUGAUCUUUAGUCAGAACCUCCAUUCUUGUAACUUGAAGCCAUUGGUUUGGGUCCUACCCUCUGGAGCAGGAGAAAACCAUAUUGUUCCAUUUUCCAUGUUACAGCCCUUUAGAUAUUUGAAGCCUGCUAUUGUAUCUCCUUUCAAUCUCCUCUAAACAUCCCUAAUUCCCUCAACCAUUCCUCAUAAGGCUUGGUUUCGAGACCCUUGAUCAUCUUUGUCAUCCUCCUCUGCACACAUUCCAGCUUGUUAUAAAAUCAUAGAAUUGUAGAGUUGUAGAGUUGAAAGUGACCCCGAGGGUCAUCUAGUCAAAUCAAAUCAAAUACCUUUAUUGGCAUCACAGUAUAAAGCAUUUCAGGUCACUGGGAUAAUUAAAAGGGGCAAGGGUGAAGCUGUGAGGAUCAUAAAGUCACAUUGUGAUCGUGUGCACUUAGGUAUUCCGCUUCACCCUGUCUGUUUCCCAAAAGGAUGGUUUGUUGGGAACCCUUUCAGGUAAAAUUGAGGCUAAAAAGGAAGCUACUAAAACAGUAAUACCUUUGUCCCGAUGUGCCAGGAGAGACCUCAAUUGACUUCUUUUCAGAGUUAUAGGUCAGAAGCCCAACAUUCUGCUCAGCAUCAGUUGGUGAGGUCUACUGUGUAAAGAGCAAUCCAAGAGAUUGAAUGAGGUCCUCCUUGGUUGCAGGCACACAGGGCUUGAUAUGGAAUAUGUGAGAAUCUACCUGUGGUCACUGCAGAGGGGAAGUCAUUUAGUCUCGCAAGCAUAAAGACUCUUCGAUGGGAAGGGAGUAAUAGGUCCAUUAGAUAUUUGGCACAGGUUCCGUAGUGUGUUGUGAUCCCUAAGGCCUGCAGAGAACAGGAUCUCAGAGUAUGAGGUAACAAACGCUGUCUUUCGUGGUUGUAGAGCCGCUGUUUGAUUGUGUGGAAUAUGUAAUUUUCAUCACAUGCUUCAAGGCUCUCAAGAGCAAUGCCCAAACUACAGAUUUUAUCUUGAAUUGCUCUAUGCCAUCCAGAUGCAAUAUGGCUUUCAAGCGUAGAGAUUAAAAAGGAAUUAGAUGUUGUUCUAAAGUGGACUUUCAGCCAGGCCCUGAUUGCAGUAAGCCAUACAUUGGUUUCCCUCAGACGUUGACCAGUUUCAACACAUAAGGUUAAGUAGCUUAUGCAUUUAGGGGCACCAAGGAUCUUACAAAGAAAAGUCGCUUGAAUUUGUUCAACUUCUCUGUUAAAUGCUUGUAUAGAAAUUGGAAUGCCAUACAAUAAUCUUGGCAUUAAAUUUUUUUAUAGCAGCAGAGACCAUAUGGUGGCCCUCUGAGGAAGAAAAAGUGAAGAAUCGCAGAUGUGGUGCACUUUACUUAGUUGAUCAUUUGGCGUCUGUGUGUUGUCCAGUUUAAAUUUGGCUGAUAGAAUAUCCCUAGGUAUUUACAGGAUUUUACCUGGUCAAUGGGGUGAUUAUCUAGCCUCCAUUUGACAGUUUGACGAUUUUAGAUUUUUCAUAAUUAAUUCCCAGGGAGUUGAUCUGGCAGAAGGAAGAAAACGAAUUUAGAAGUCUUCUAAGACCGACCUGGGUCUGAGAAAGUAUUGUAGUAUCAUCUGCAUAUAGAAGCAGUUUUAUUUUAUGUUGGCCUAAUGUCCGUGGAUGUCCAUUUACAUCCUCAAAGUGAUAAGCCAGGUCAUUUUAAAAAAAGAUUGAAUAAGUGGGGCGACAAGACGCAUCCUUGCUUUACUCCUUUGGUAAUAUUUAUACUUUUUGUCAACUCGCCUUGGGGGUUACAGUUGAUGUGAUCGAGUGUAGCGGUGUGUAAUUUUUGAAUUAGAAAUAGCAGGCGUUGGUCAAUUCCCAUUUUAUAUAAUUUACACCAAAGUAGAUCACAGGGGACUGUGUCAAAAGCUCCUUUUAACUCUAGGAGGCCACGUCAAGUUCUUUCCUCCCAUUUUCCAUGCAUUUUUCCGCGAGAUGUGAAAGGAUUAUGCAAUGAUCAGUGGUGCAUUUGCCAUGGCAGAAGCCUAUUUGUUCAGGCCCAAGGAUCUUAUUAGAUGUCAUCCAGUCCUUCGAUUUCUUUUCCAAGUGUCAGGCAUACAUCUUACCAAGGAUUGAUAGAAGACUUAAAAGGUAAAGGUAAAGGACCCCUGACAGUUAAGUCCAGUCACAGAUGACUCUGGGGUUGUAGCGCUCAUCUCGCUUUACUGGCCGAGGGAGCCAGCGUUUGUCCGCAGACAGUUUUUCCGGGUCAUGUGGCCAGCAUGACUAAGCCACUUCUGGUGAACCAGAGCAGCGCACGGAAGCACCAUUUACCUUCCCGCCGGAGCAGUACCUAUUUAUCUACUUGCACUUUGACGUGCUUUCGAACUGCUAGGUUGGCAGUUAUCAGAUGGUAAUUCUCAGGCAGCUUUGGGUUACCUUUUUUGAAUAUAGGAGUGAUGAUGAAGUUUAGCCAAACAUCUGGUAGUACCCCCAAAUUUGUCAAUUAAGGUGAAUAAAUUGGCUAAUAGAAGGGCCCACCAGUUUGGAUUGUACCGUAAAAGUUCGCCAGGGAUCCCAUCUGGUCCUGGGGAUUUAUUUGUUGGGUCAUCUAGUUUAACCCCUUAUCAUGCAGGAAUCUCAGCUAAAACAUCCACAAGAGAUGGCUGCUUAAAAACUUCCGAUGAAAGAAACUCUGCAACCUCCCAAGGGAGACUGUUCCAAUGUCAUUCUUAAAUUUUGGUGUCCACAACUGGACGCAGGACUCCAGGUGUGGUCAGACCAAGGCAGAAAAGAGUGUUAUUAUUACCGCACUUUCCCUGAUUGGAACACUAAACCUCUGCUGAUGUAGUCUUGAAUUGCAUUAGCUUGCUCUUGUCUUUUCUUUUGAUGCUGCUGCUGCUGCAUCACACAGGCUUAGUCAGUCAGUUAAGAGCAGCAGAACAGCCUUACUGGACUAGAUCAAAGGUUUGGCUGUGGUUGGCUAAAUUACCUCCAAGAUAGCUGCAACACUCCCUAAGGAACCAUUCUCUUCCGUUGUUGGCACCUGGUGCUCAAGAGUACACUGCCACUGGGCAUGGUGGUUGCACUUAGUUAUUACAGCUGAUGGCAGGCAGGACAUUUCUUCUUCACAGAUAGUAGGCUGUAUCCUGUGCCAGUAACACUCAGAGGAGACCCAUUGAAAUCAGUAUGCAUGACUGACUUGUGGCUGCUUAUUCCCCUCCAUCUAACACAGCAGCAAACCCAUUCUCCAAGUGAGAAGUUUGCAGGUAGCCAAAACAGCACCAUCCAUGCACAAGAGGAAACUCAAAAGUUUGCAGAAAUACAAAAAUAUUUAAAGUGGAGAACAUAAGGAAGGGAGGACCCCUGCCCUGCCCCAUGAAGCCCAAUGCAGACUGAGCACGUAUCAAUGGGCAUCGAACCCUGGCUGGGUAUUGGUGAGGAGUGUCCUGGAAGGGGGCAUGAUUGGUUAGCACUCUAAACAGGAACAGCUGCAUGCUGCAACAUAUCAUUGCAGCUACCCUUGUCCUCCCCCCCACCCCACCCCAAAAAGCCAACAGCUGGUGGCUGUGAAGUCCUCUUCCUGCAGACCAGGAGCUUCACUUGAUGCAUCUUUGUAAACUCUGAGUUCUACCUUUAAUGUGCAGUUUUAAAAUACAGCCUCAAUUCAUUAAUAAGGUGGGUUACAAGUGAAGAGAGCUAGGAACACCUAUCCAUGCCAAUAGCUUAGUUGCGAUAUGCUAAUGGUCCAGUAAAAUAUGGCAGAUAAAAUACAACUAAAGCUAGCAGAGCCACAGAUUCAAAAGCAGCCAUUUUCCAUCUUUGAUCAAUGGCCAAAGAACCUCUGGAAUAUGUGGGAGGAGUGUUCCUGUCUAAGUGUCAGCAAAGAGAUGCCGGCACAGAUCACACCCUGCCUUCAGCCAUGGCAAGAAGGGCACAGAAUUGGGCCUCUGCCCAUUUGCAUCUGCCCUGGGAGAAAUUAAAUUUCACAGUAAGGAUGCCAGUAGAAAGCAUUCAGCAGAGAAAGAAUGAAAUGCCAAAGCACUGAGUUAUUGCUAUGUUUUUCUCAAGCUUUGAACUCCUCCUAGCUCUUCGGGUGGGAUCAAAAUAAGUGGGAUAGUAAGUGUAUUAGUUAAUAAAUAGACACCAUGUACAAAAAGCCACUGGCACCAUUUUAUCCUAGGCACAGGUGUUCCAGAAAUGUGCUCUCUUGUUCAUAGAACCAGCAUGAACUCAGGAAAGCUGGCUCAGAUUCCAGCUUUAAAGCAUUUUUGUUUAGAGCUGGCCAGAGUCUCUCUCUCUCUCUCUCUCUCUCUCUCUCUCUCUCUCCCCCCUUCUCUCUCUCUCUCUCUCUCUCUCUCUCUCUCUGUGUGUGUGUGUGUGUGCUUGUAUGCUUCCACUGGAAAACAAGCAAGGCUGGAAAUAGCCUGCUAAAAUUAACUUUAGGCAAGUGUAGCCGGGAAACAGCUUUGUUUUAUAUAAUAAUAAUAAUAAUCCAAAAUAUUUGCACAACAUCUGGUUCCAUUUAGCAUGCUUCCAAGCAAACAGAAAAUGCUCCACAAGCACUUCAGUUCCUACUUAGCCAACCGAAAUUCUGCUAGCCAUGAUGGCUUCAUCCUGUACCUCCAGUGUUAGAGGCAGGGUGCCUUUGAAUGCUAAUUGCUGGUAAUCCAAAGCAAGGAAAACAUGAUUGCCCUCAAGGUCUGUUUGCAGGCUUCCCAUUGGCGGACCUGGUUGGCCACUGGGAGGACAGGAUGUAGGUCUAGGUGUCUGGAUGGCUAAGCUGACUAACUUUAGCAAACCCAGACACUUUCCAUCAUGUGGUUGCUUAUUAAUUUACAGUGUUUUGUGUUGUUCUUGUUCCAGCUGAGCUCCAAGCCUGUGAACAGGGAUGGAGCAGGAGGAAGAAAUCUGUUCAGCAUAUGUUUCAAUGUAUAUGCAUUUUAAGGCAUGCUACAGAUGUCAGCUUCAUGAACCAAGAAACAAAUACAAAUGCAGCUAUCCUUUGAAAUUUGUAGUUCUGCUCCCCCCCCCCAGUGCAGUUCUCCAGCCAAAAAGGUGUACAAAAGGCAUCUAUUAAGAACCACAUGCACAGAUGUGUAUAUUAGUGAGAAUCAUGUACAAAAACAUCUUACAGAGAAUUGUUUGCAAACAAAAUUCGCAUAGAGAAAUCUACAAAGUUUCAUGUACUUUUUACUUAUAUUUUUUAAUGCAAAUUGAUGUGGAAAUGAGGUGAGCUGAAUUUAAGACUGAGGGCAUAAGUAAAAAUGGAAAAAUGAGAAACUGAGUCUAAGAGAUGCAUCCAUUCCUACCAGUCUGUCACACAAUAAAGAGAACCUUGAGGUCUAGCGCAUUUAUUACAACAAAAGCUUUGCACAGACUAUUAUUAUUUGUUACGUCUGUUAAUUACAUUAUACCCAAAGGGGGGGGGCGGGGAAGGGUCUCAAAGCAACUUGCAUUGAGAUAGAAUGCAAACGGACAAAAUCAAUUAAAAACCAGAAAAUUGAAAACAAUGCACAAUCUAUAAGGGAGCUAUCAUCUGGCUGGCAAAAAUGCUUUUUUUCUUCAGGGUCUUUGGGGAUUCUGGAGCCAUGAAGCCUCCUGGCUAGAUGGACCUGCCUGUCAGCUGGUAACCAGGUCAGGGCCCUAGAAUCAAAAUACCUUCCAAUUCAGAGGCUGACCCUGCCUAGUGAUGCCCUCUCUUGAACCCAUGACCUUCUGCAUGCAAAGCAGGUGCUCUGUCGCUGAAUUACAGCCUUUUCCUGGAAUACUCUCCCUGGACUGGUUUUCCUGAUGCUUCUGCUGCUGCUGCCCUCCUUGUUGCCAGACAAACAUGCUAUUGUACUCCUGCUUCAACGUGCUGUUGUACUCCUGGUGCAACCUUUUAAAAAGCACUGUAAAACAAACAAAAGCAUAUUGGCUUGCUCUGCUAUUGACUCUUAGCUGCAUUUUUUUAUUUGUUACGCCUUGCAAAUUCAAGCUUAAAUAGCUUGCCUUGCAUACUGUGCAUUAGCUGUUUUGAUUGCAUUUGUGUUCAAGAUACCAGGAUACAACCUUGACUCUGUUAAUGAUGAUAAAGUCAGGGCCCUCAGGUGGCAGUGGUGAGGGGGUGAAACCCCCAACCUAAUAUAUACUUUUCACCAUUUUGGGCAUCCAUGCUUUUUUCUCAUUUCUUGCAGCGCACGAACGGACAUGCCCACCCUGACCCCUUGGUCGGCGCCCAUCAUCUGGGAUGGAACAGUUGGGAGACCGGUCUUGGACAACUACUAUAAGCAGCAGAAAGUCACCAUUGGCCUGACGGUUUUCGCUAUUGGGAGGUAAGUUCACUUGUAGCCCAAUCUGAUGCACGUUACUCUUGAGUAAGUCUCCUUGUGUUCAGUGGCACUAGCUCACAAGUAAAAUAUGGAUCAGGACUGGAGCGUGCUGCUUGCUUGCCAGACUUUUCCUGGCUGGAUGUGCAAAGCAACAUCCAUUGUCCGGCCACGUAUUUUAUUUAUUAACCGUCCUUUGCCUUAAGGACCCAGGGCAGGUUUCAACAAUUACAACACAAAAGAAGUGCAGAAUAACUUAAGAUUGCAGCUGUAAGGCGGGUCCUAAAAAGUGCACCCCCUUACCUUUGAAAUGUGCAUCUUCAGCAUUCAUCAGAAGCUGGGCAAUGAAGGUGCCAGGCACUCCUCUCUGGAGAAAGGUUUCCACAGGGUAAGGGCUGCCACAGAGAAGACCCAUUCCUAGCCUGCAACACACACGCACCAAGCUUCUGAGGGUGGUGGAGCAACCAAGAGGGCCCUAUCUGCCAAUUGUAGCACCAGAGAAGGUCUGUCAGGAAGGAGGCAGUCUUUCAGGUAUUUGUCAUAUUCUGAGUCACAAUGACCCUUGGUUGCCUUCGUUGCCCUUCCUCUGGGCAAACCCGCCAUAAGAAGAGUCUACUGGAUCAGGCCAAUGGCUUUAAAAGAAGAUCAGACAAAUUCAUGGAGGAGAAGGCUGGCAAAAGCUACUAGCCACAAUGACUAUUCUCUGCCUCUAAGGUCAGAGGUGGUAAAUGCUUCUUAAUUCCUUGAUGGUAAUUGGAGAGAGAAUGCUCAUUGAGUUAUCUGGUUGGCCACUGUGAGAACAUAAUGCUGGCCUAGAUCCAGCAGACUCUUCUGGUGUUCUUAUGGUGGGUUUGCCCAGAGGAAGGGCAACGGAGGUGACCAAGGGUUCUUCUUCUGCUCUUAAUUGGGUGCUGAUUCACAUCUGAAAAACAAUGUUGGUCUCAGUACAAAGUUGAGCACUGGAACCCUCACCCUGCUUUAAAGUCAGCUUCUGGGACCCUGGGUUAAGAGAUCUGCCCAGAACCCACCUGUCUCCAUUUGUCCCUCUCCAUUCCCCAGGUACCUAGACAAAUACUUGAAGAACUUCUUGACUUCUGCAAACGCUUUCUUCAUGACUGGGCACAAUGUGAUCUUCUACAUCAUGGUGGACGACCUCACCAAAGUGCCUCUUAUUGAGCUGGGCCCCCUGCGGGUGCUGAAAGUCUUCCAGGUGAAAAGGGAGAGCCGGUGGCAAGACAUCAGCAUGAUGCGGAUGAAGGUGAUUGGGGACCUAAUCGAGAGCCACAUCCGCCACGAGGUGGACUUCCUCUUCUGCAUGGAUGUUGACCAGGUCUUCCAGAGUGACUAUGGGGUGGAGACCCUUGAUGAGUCUGUGGCCCAGCUCCAUGCUUGGUUUUACAAUGCAGACAAUACUGCGUUCACUUAUGAGAGGCGUCCUGAGUCGGCUGCGUACAUCCCCUAUGGGGAAGGGGACUACUAUUACCAUGGGGCCAUAUUUGGGGGGACCCCACUGCGUGUUCUGAACCUCACCCGUCAAUGCUAUCAAGGCAUCAAGGAGGACAAGGAACACAACUUUGAGGCGGUGUGGCAUGACGAAAGCCACCUGAACAAAUAUUACCUCCUCAACAAACCAACCAAGGUGUUAUCCCCUGAGUACUGCUGGGAUUAUAAAAUUGGCAUCCCCAGCGCCAUAAGAAAUGUCAAGUUAUCCUGGAUGCCCAAAGAAUAUGGUGAAGUUAGAAGUAACUUAUGACUCCGCGGCCCUCCUCAAAUCACACUGGCAGGGGUCGACGAACUGUUUCGGUCGCAGAACCGUUUGAGCAUUUCAACUCUCGUCCUCUGCAGGAAGGAGAACAAACUUUGCCAAAAUAUUUUAGUUCACUAAACUGUGUUGCUCUCUCAGCUCUUCUCUAUAGAUUCCUUGGAAGGCUUAUAGGAACCAGAUGUCGGAAGAGCCUUUUGCAAACAGGUUGUUGAUUUGGUUGCUGAUCUUUUGUUCUCAGGAAAUUCUGUUGAUGUUGGGAACAUUUGUGGAAGCAGCACACAGAUACGUGCCAAGCUAGGAUGCCUCCACAGUGGCAUGGUGACAUCAGAGAGGUUGGCAAGAUGGUCGUUGUAUUCCUUGGAUGUGCAAAGAAGGGAGAGUUGGAACCACCAAGGGGUCAGGAGGGUAGCAGUAAAUGGGGGAGGGGUGGCGUCACCGAGGCCAGGAGGUUGCAGGAAAGCUGGUGCAAAUGCAGAAGUGUCACUGAGAAUGUCAGAACGUGUGUGUUUUUAAACAAAGAUUCUUGAAUGAUGGUCUAAAUCUUGCCUUCAUAAUUGUUCAGUUUUGUUUUCCCCCCAAAUGAGGAUCACUGUACAGACAACAUAAACCUCAAUGGGGGCAAUGUGAGGGGGGUCUCACUUUAUUAAUGCCAAUUUGGGGUUUUUUUGCUACCAAAGAACAGGUUCAUGUUGUCGUUUGUUUUUAAAAACAAAGAAACAUGUUUCCUUAGCUGCCGUCCAGUGGUUGAAAGCUCCCUCAUUUUGCUACAUUUGUUCUCUUCUUCACGUAUAUCAUUUUCCCACCUUAAAUCUUGUUUUUGCUGCUGCCCAUGGUGGUCCCAAUUGCUACAACAUCUUUCCCUCGCCGGCAGGUGCUGUCUUACGGGGUUCCGGACAGGGAGUUGUUCUGGGGCAUUGUGGAAGGCCGUAAAGGUGGCAUCUCCCAUGGCCUACCACUUUUUGCGGCAGUUGCUAUGUCAUGUCCCCGCACACAACCUCGUGGAAUGAUGCCCUGUUGGUGCACUGUGGUUAAGUAACAUGGCAGCCACAGAGUCAACUGCUGAGAAUAUCUGUGUUAGAAGAAGAAGAGUUUGGAUUUGCUUUCCUGCUUUAUCACUACCCAAAGGAGUCUCAAAGCGGCCUACAAUCUCCUUUCCCUUCCUCCCCCACAACAAACACCCUGUGAGGUGAGUGGGGCUGAGAGACUUCAAAGAAGUGUGACUAGCCCAAGGUCACCCAGCAACUGCAUGUGGAGGAGCGGGGAAGCGAACCCGGUUCACCAGAUUACGAGUCCACCGCUCUUAACCACUACACCACACUGGCUCACAGUUAGUACCACUGCUGCCUGAGAGGUAAACUCUCUUGCUCCCCACAACCAUCAUUGCGGUACUCCCCAACACAGCCUGAUUGCGAUUCCCAUUUGUAUCCUGUUUCUUCCUUUGUGUAUUUCUUUUUGCUGCGAAAAUGGAAGCCCUUCCACUCAGCCAAAGGUGAUUGUUUUGUUAAUUUAUUUGGUUGCAAAUGAUCCUGAGAUAAUAAAUGCAAAUCCUUAUUUUAUCAAAAUCUUAUGUGUUUGUGCUGGGAGUUGCAUCCUGGAGGAAGAUGUCUGUGUAACGGUGCCACAGGGAUAUUAGUUGGGUUGGGUUUUUGCCUGGGGGUGGGGAAAUUGUUUUUAUUGUUGCUGCUGCUAUUGCGGAGCACUACCCCACUUUCCAAGCAGUGGAAGAUUCCAGGCAUGAUUCCAGGCAGGGUCCAGUUUCCUUGGAAUGAGGGACAGCAGGGGCUGUGAUGUGCCUUUAGGAUAUAUGGUUCAUUUACACAUAUACACAUAAAUGAACACAUGUUCAUUUACACUGCCUUCUGGUGGUUCCCUCCCUGCGAGAAGCCAAGUUACAGGGAACCAGGCAGAGGGCCUUCUCGGUAGUGGCACCCACCCUGUGGAAUGCCCUCCCACCAGAUGUCAAAGAGAAGAACAACCACCAGACUUUUAGAAGACAUCUGAAGGCAGCCCUCUUUAGGGAAGCUUUUAAUGUUUAACAGACUACUGUAUUUUAAUACUUUGUUGGAAGCUGCCCAGAGUGGCUGGGGAAACCCAGCCAGAUGUGUGGGGUAUAAAUAAUAAAUUAUUAUUAUUAUUAU